CUGAACUUCUCCACACUCUCCUUCUGUUGUGCUCUUAAACAGCACCUCUCCUGCAGCUCCUGCUACAGUACCUCCUGUGUUCCUGUGCUGGUAUUACACUGCGCCCCCUUGGCUUGUCUCCUCUUUCUCAGCUUUUUUACCCCCUGCUGCUUUUAUUGGACAGUUUCUCAGCUUCUCUUUUUUGCUUAUUUUUUUUUUCCUCAGUCUUUUGUUUUCUAAUAUACGCAGCAUUACUCCAGCGCAUUUUUUGACGCAACAGUCCAGUUUCUGUACUCGUGGUGCAUUUUUAAGUUUCUUUGCAAUCGGCGGGGUGAAUUUAUGAUGAGAGAGCAAAAUGGAUGAAUUCCACCCCUUCAUCGAGGCCCUGCUGCCCCAUGUCCGCGCCUUCGCCUACACCUGGUUCAACCUGCAGGCCCGCAAACGCAAAUACUUCAAGAAGCACGAGAAGCGCAUGUCCAAGGAGGAAGAGCGUGCAGUGAAGGAUGAGCUGCUGGGGGAGAAGCCAGAGAUCAAGCAGAAGUGGGCCUCGCGCCUGCUGGCCAAGCUCCGCAAGGACAUCCGGCCCGAGUUCCGUGAGGACUUUGUGCUCACCAUCACGGGGAAAAAGCCCCCCUGCUGCGUGCUGUCCAACCCCGACCAGAAGGGCAAGAUCCGUCGCAUCGACUGCCUACGCCAGGCUGACAAGGUGUGGCGGCUGGACCUGGUGAUGGUCAUCCUGUUCAAGGGCAGCCCCCUGGAGAGCACGGACGGGGAACGGCUGGUCAAGUCACCACAGUGCACCAACCCUGGCCUGUGCGUCCAGCCGCACCACAUCGGAGUGUCCGUCAAGGAGCUGGACCUCUACCUGGCCUACUUCGUCCACACGCCAGAAUCUGGACAAUCAGACAGCUCCAGCCAACAAGGGGACACAGACAUCAAACCACCGCCCAAUGGGCACCUGAGUUUCCAGGACUGCUUUGUCACCUCAGGAGUGUGGAACGUGGCGGAGCUGGUCAGAGUGUCGCAGACUCCUGUAGCCACGGCGUCAGGUCCGAACUUCUCACUGGCUGACUUGGACAGCAGUCCCAGCUACUACAACAUCAACCAGGUGGCCCUGGGGCGACGCUCCCUCACCUCCCCUCCUUCCACCAGGUCUGAGGUGGAGUUGUACGCAAACCUUCCACGGAGCUCCACCAAGAGGAAGUCGUUAGACGACAGUGAGCUGGAGAGCCCCACAGAUGAUGUUUUCUAUCCUGGACGCUCACCUGCUGCCAGCUCCUCCCAGUCCAGUGCGUGGCCCAAUGACAUGGAUGCAGUGCAGCACCAUUUGGCGAGUGUGCAGGAGAGGAAGAUAAAACAUGAAAACGAUGGCGUGCAGUUUCCUUACCAUGGACUGUCCUCGCCUGGUUCACUUAAGAAGCCGGGGAAGUUUGAUUUCAACGCCCUGACUUCCCAGACGAGGUCCCCCCGCAUGGCGUUCACACACCACCCGCUGCCUGUGCUGGCAGGAGUGAGACCAGGGAGUCCCCGUGCCUCAGCCUCAGCCCUGCAUUUCCCCUCCUCCUCUAUCAUCCAGCAGUCCAGCCCGUAUUUCACUCACCCCACCAUACGCUACCAUCACCACCAGGACCCGCUUAAGGAGUUUGUGCAGUUUGUGUGCACCGACGGCACAGGACAGCCAAGCGCACAGCCUAAUGGAGGUGGCCAGAGCAAAAUGCCGGGCUCCUUCCUGCUGCCCCCGCCACCCCCGGUGGCGCGCCCUGUGCCCCUCCCCAUGCCCGACUCUAAAAGCAUCAGCACGCCCACUGACGGCGGACUCAGCUCACCCGCAUCUCCGUCAUACUCCACGCCAGGCUCCACAGCUCCCAACCGGUUUGUCGGCAUCGGAACACGGGACAACUUUCUGAAUAUCCCCCAGCAGACUCAGUCCUGGUUCCUCUGACAAGGCCUCUAUGAAUCAACAGCUAAAAUUGUGUCAUGAAAAUUGGAAAUUUGAAAAACAAACACAUCACCGUUGAUUAAGAACAGACUGCUGACACUAAAAGGUUUCUCUCUCGCCAACACUAUUCAAAGUACUACUACAGAACCCGAAAAGAGCCCGCCCCGCCCCGAUUCAACACAAUUUGAACAGGAAUGUUCAUCGCCCUAUUGCAGGAGGCUUCAAUGAGAUUGAGUGGACAGACUCAGAAUGCAAGGAGGAGAAAGAUGAGGAACUGUCUCACACACACACACACACCAUGAAAUGUCAGAAAGGAAACACAAUAUGGCAACCUGACAAAUGACCAAUUAUACAUUUGUUGUUUUUUUUUUAUUAUAAUUAUUUUUUCAUUUUGUUGUCUCCACCAUGAAACUCCAUGCAUUGGCUGGGAGAUCCAAACAAAAAAACAAAAAAAAAAAGUAGUAGUAAAUGGUGAAAUCAGAUGUGCAAGUUGAAAAGAUUGCCACCCAAAUUGCACGCCUCCAUAUCUGUGUAUUUCUCAAAGCACCUUUCCUCCAGGUGCCACCCGCCUCCCACCACACC